CCCACAUCUUCUUCAUUCACACACCGAAUUCUCCUUCACUGUACUGUUCUGCUACGACCUCACAACAAUGGGAAUUAUUAGAUCGGAGGAGAGGGCAAAGGCCGAGCUCGACGAGUUCCGCCGCAUGUUAAUGGCAUCUGCCGGCGCCCAUCGCCGGAAAAGCCAACACGAUCAUCGGUUCAACGGCGCUGUUGAUGAAACCGAUGACGGUGAUCAAGGUGGACUGGUCUGUGUCACAAGUGGUCUUUCCUUCUUAGGUAUCGCCAUCGUCAACUGCCUCUUGAUUCGUGGCUACUCCGUUCGAAUCAUCGUCGAUAAUCCAGAAGAUCUGGAAAAAAUAGAAGAAAUGGAGUCAAACUACAACAAUGGGAAUAACAAUAGUAAUAACAUAUCAGCCAUAAUGGCAAAUCUAGCAGAUGAAGAGAGCUUACUACCAGAAGUUUUCAAGGACUGUCGUGGUGUAUUCCACACCUCUGCUUUCAUUGACCCUGCAGGUCUCUCUGGCUACACGAAAUACAUGGCUGACAUAGAAGCCAAAGCGAGCGAGAAUGUGAUCAAGGCAUGCGCAAGAACACCAUCAGUGAAAAAAUUUGUGCUGACCUCUUCACUUUUGACUUGUCUAUGGCGAGACAGCACCCGUCAGCAAGAAAAUUCUCUUCUAAUAAACCACGAUAGCUGGAGUAGUGAAUCGCUAUGUCGAGACAAAAAGCUCUGGUACGCACUGGGAAAGCUACGGGCUGAGAAGGCUACAUGGAUAGUAGCUGAGGAAAGUGGGUUGAACAUGGCAUCCAUUUGCCCAGGUCUCAUUACUGGUCCUGAGUUUUACAAUAUAAAUUCAACAGCCACAACUGCUUAUCUUAAAGGAGCUCAAGAGAUGUACAAAAAUGGAUUGUUGGCAAGUGUGGAUGUAAACAGAUUGGCCGAGGCACACGUUUGUGUUUACGAGGCAAUGAACAAGACAACAGGUGGAAGAUAUAUUUGCUUUGAUGAAAUUAUUAAUGACGAAGAAGGGGCAGAGAAGUUGGCAAAGGAAAUCAACGUACCAAAAUCAAAAUUUUGUGGCACAGAAAGAGGAACUAGCAACGCCCCAACCCAAUUUCAAUUGUCAAAAAAGAAACUUACAAAUCUAAUGUCUACCCAACAACGACCUUGUUACAACCAAAGUCAAGAGCAGUUGUAAUUAUUAUUGGGUUAGCUUAACUAAUUUGAGAGUUUUGUGUUGACACGAACUGUAAAAAGUAUGUAUUUGCGAUCCAAAACCAGAGAAUAAUACUUCAUUUUAUUUCCA